AUGUUCUGGCAAGUAGUUGCGCUUUCUGCGCUUUUCCUGUGUGAUUCUUCAGCAGCGCCUCAAAUUGGAGGCGGAACUUCAGGCUCUGCAGAUUUUCUACGCUUCGGAUGCUCGCAACUAGUCGUGGAAAGGACGGACCCUUUGGUCAACCCUGGACUGCUUCCGUCUCCGCAUAUGCAUCAAGUUGUCGGAGGCAACAGUUUCAACAUUACGAUGGAUCCGGAUAGCAUUGACCCUCCGAAGACCUCUACCUGCACGAGCUGCAUCUACACCGAAGAUACUAGCAACUACUGGACGGCUUCGAUCUACUUUAAGUCGCCUGAGAAUGGAACAUACAAGCGUGUCCCUCAGAUGGCGAACGGGAGGCUCAACAAUACCUUGCUCGAACAAGACGGAGGGCUCACAGUCUACUAUAUGCGCCCAUUCUCGGGUACAAAGACAAUGAAGAUGACUGCUAUGAAGCCGGUGAGUACCAUCCUGGUGAGGUAUGAUACAAAAGCUGAUCGUCUGAAGGGCUUCCGUAUGCUUGCAGGCGACUCCACACUUCGGUCAAAGAGCAACAAGUAUCCAGGCAUCUGCCAUCGCUGUCUGGCUGAGGGUGAUCGCGUGCAUGGGGGUGCUGGUGCUCCCUGUGACAGCAAAGACACUUCUGAGUUCCCAAGCGAACCUUGCCCGGGUGGCAUCCGUGCUACAGUCAUCUUCCCUUCUUGCUGGGAUGGGAACAACGUCGACAGCCCCGAUCACCGUAGCCAUGUCGCUUAUGCACCUGGCAAUAGUGCACUUGCAGGGGACAAGUGCCCGUCUACACAUCCCGUCCGGAUUCCUCAGGUCAUGUAUGAGAUUAUGUAUGAUACGAGCGGAGCGAUGAGCGACCCCAAGUACUUCAAGGAUGGCAAGCAGCCGCUCGUAUACAGCUUCGGCGACCCGACUGGAUACGGCGCACACGGAGACUACCUUUUCGGCUGGAAGGGCGACGCUCUCCAGCGCGCAAUGGACAACCUAGGAAAGGGCUGUGCUAGCGAAGAUUGCACCAAGAUCUUGAAGAUCCAAGCCGGCAAGGAUGCCAUUGCAUGCACAAAAGCGCAGCAAGCUCAUGAAGAUAUUGGUAACAGCAACUGGCUCACAGAAAUUCCUGGCAACGUCCAAUUCUAG